AUGGAACCGGGGCCAAGCCAUCGACCGGAUCGUGAUGAGACUCCAUCUCCAAUACAACAAUGGCCGACCCCUCAACGUCUCUACAGCCCAAUUUCGGAUGAUGAAGAUGAACAAAUGGAAGAAGAUCCAGAUUUUACUCCGGAACGAAGCUUCCGACGAUCCACUCCAAUUCGGAUCAGAGGGGAACUUCUCUAUCCCACUAUCGAGAUCCCACACGCACAGGUGAUCGCCGACCUCCAAUGGUUAAUUUUCGAAUGUGACAAACGCUGUAUGAUUGAUGAAGUUGCCUGGGCCACCGACGUUCUUAACCAUUGCUCCGAUCAAAUGAUGGAAGCUUAUGAAGCUUCGGACGAGGUUUCCACCGUCGUUCCCCAGCAUCCCUAUGAAGCAUACCCGCAUAAUCGUAAUCUGAUGCUUGGCCGUGCCUUAAUGCAUCAGCGAAAAAUUCAUCGAGCUAACUCAUUCUUUGAGAAAGUCAAAGACACCGGCGAAGUACCGCGUUUCUUAUAUUACUACAGCAAAUUUAUGACGAUCGCUAAAAGCGCACUUCAAACCGAGCUAAUUAUGUUCCAAAAGAGCGUGGUUCACCCGAUUCUGGAAGGCGAGCCAGCACGACCGGAAAUUGCGGAAUAUACUGAGCUGCACACUCGGCUUUUGAAGGAACGAUCCUUAGAGAAGAUUGGGUUCAAGAAGGGGAAAGAGCCGCCUUUCGAUAUUUUCUUGGAAUAUUUGACAGCGAAGGUUGAGUUGGAACUCGAUUGCCAUGAAGUUGCCUGGGAUCGAUUGAUCAAGAUUAUCGAGCAGGAACCGAGGUUUUGGCCAGCUUACGAUACGCUAGUUCAUCGUUGCAAACAAGACGAUAAGUUGAAGGAUGUUUUUAGAAGGUAUAUUCAACGAGAGGAUAGGCAUUGGCUAGAGUACUUCUUUGAAGUCUUUGCCCUUGCGAAAAUGAAUGACCAUCAUCAGGUCCUGGAAGCAGCACAAAGGCUUAUGAACAGUGGACUUGCCAAUCAACCAUUUUUAAUGCAACAGAUAGCCAUUUCAUUCCACGAGACAUAUGCAAACUAUGAUGCCUGCGAAAUGUUUGAAAAUAUCCGGCGAGCAGAUCCGUAUCGUCUAUCGGGGAUGGAGAUCUACGCAAACGCUCUUUACGUUCUGGGACAAGUGGCAAAAAUUCGCGAGCUUCUAGUCAAAUUCGAGGGUCAACGCUUUACCUGGCAAGUCGCAAUGAUAACAGCGAAUUAUUACUCCCUACGCUCGGAUCAUAUCAAAGCAAUUCAAUAUUUUGAGAAGUCAUUGAGGUUGAAUCCGUCGAAUUCUAGAACCUGGACUCUUCUUGGGCACGAAUAUAUGGAAAUCAAAAAUCACCCAGCUUCUGCGCUUUGCUAUCGUAGAGCCGGACUUUUGAAUCCGCAAGACCCCGCCCCGCAAUAUGGCUUGGGGACAAUGUAUGAUGUGAUCAAAAUGCAAUCAUAUGGUCAUCGAUUCUUCGUCAAUGCAUUCCGGUUACGACCGUACGACUCUCGUAUGAUCAUUGAAGCAAAGCAAUACUUCAAAAAAGCCUUCUUCAAUGGAGACCCUGACGGGCUGGCCCUAUUCUUCCUCGGGAAGGUUUGCGAGAAGCAGAAGCAGAGGGAAGAAGCCGCACGUGCAUAUGAGAAAUAUUUGAAGGUUUAUGAAGGGGUUGCCGACAAAAAGUGCCUUCAGCAUGUUUUGCUGUUUUUGGCAAAUUUCUGUUUGGAGCGGAAGAAAUGGGAUGCAGCUUGCUUUUAUGGGACGAUGUGCUCGGAUUAUGAGGAGAUUCGUGAGGAGGGAGCAAAACUUAUCGAGAAAGUACAAAGGGCCAAGCAGCGGGAAUCAACCAUGUGGUUGGCAAAACCGCAAACCGAAGGAAAUGAUGCGCUACUUGAUAGCUCGCCCGACCCAUCGCCA